GUUGAAGAUUAUUUAAAAACUUUGAUCAAUUAUGUGGGUUCCUGGACUAGCCCUCUAUACCAUCUAGUGAUUGAACUGAGCGCCAUGCAAGAUGUCCCUGAAACUAUCCUCUCAAAAGCCAAGGAGAUCGAAGAGAAAAACAGACAAAUCCUGGAUGACCUUAGGUGGAUACUCAUCCAGGUCUACCCUACACCAGAGAUGAAGGAAGAAUUUCCCAACUGGGAACAUCUCUCAUUCUUAAAAUCAAGUGGCAAAUAUGAUAAAUUUUUGGCAAUGCUUAACCUUUUCAACUGCCUAGAACAUGAUACAAAGUAUAAUCUAUUUCAUCUCAGAAUAUUGAAGUGUCGCAUAACUGGGAAAGAUUGCUAAGUGAACAUUUAACAUGUCUGCUUUGGAGAUACUCCAGGACAGUUUAUUGCUGAGUAGUGGCUUUAAAUUGUAUACAUUUCAAAUGCAUGUAUGGGUAUAAUGGAUCUCCUUCUGAAAAAUAAAAGCAUUCUCUUU